AUGUCCCAUGAAAUCCUCGGGAACUUUUUGUUCUUCUGGUCUAACACCCAGUUUUCAGUCCUCUCCAUGCCUCCUCAGUCAGCGCCGAGCGGAUUCAAAUUACAAAGACAAGACAGUUGGACGAAAGAGCCGACACGCAAGUCCUUGGGUGAGGCCAUCAUUGAGUGGCUAAAGCUUCGCCCAGAUCCGCCUCUGGAUGCUCACAAGCGACAUUCCUCCUUGUGUCAGCAAAGAGGCCCAGAAACGGGAUCAUGGAUUCUGGCCGACGAGAAACUACAGAACUGGCGGAACACUGCGGGCCCUCCCCAGUGCUUGUGGAUGAGAGGAAUUAUGGGGUGUGGCAAGACGAUACUUGUUUCUCGUAUUGUAGACGAGUUGGCCCAGGACCCCAGCGACAUUGGCUACGCAUAUCUCUAUUUCCAGGAAGAAGACGAGUGUCAAGCAUCGUUUUCGUGUAUCUGGACUACCCUAUUCAUGCAGCUCCUGGAUAAUUCCGAUUCUACCAUCAUCGCCGCUGGAGUCAAGAAGAUGUUCAAUAGGCCGCCCCGAGGAUCGACACCUUUCAAUCCACCUGACUACUUUGAACUGUUCAGAGAUCAAGCAGCCACAUUCAAGAGUGUUUACCUCAUCUUUGACGGGAUAGACAGCUUCUGCAAGGUCCACGAUACCGAAACAUGGACGGAGAUGUUCAAUACCCUAAAGAGGCUACCGGACAACGUCAAAGUCCUGUUCACUUCUAGGAGUGAAUGGUUUGAGCCGAAACUUAGCGAGGCAGAGAAGAUCGAUAUUGAACCCCGGCGUGAUGAUGUCAGGGCGUACGUGGAACACCGAAUCGAGAGCGACAAAACGCUUCAGGACCUUCUCAGCAUUGACCAGUCCCAGCCGACAGUUGUGGAUCAGGUCAUCCGCAUGACUCUAGACAGCGGCAUGUUCCUCCUGGCCAAGUUGCACAUGAACGAGUUGACGUCGAGCAAGCAAAUCAAUCUGGACGGCAUUCACUCUGCCCUGAAAAGACUUCCCAAAACUGCUGAGAGCGUUUUCGAGGCUGCUGUUCAACACAUAAUCCGCAAAGAUGGUAUCGAAGAUCGUCAAACCCGCCUGGCAGGACAUGUUCUCAGCUGGAUUCUUCACGCAAAAGCCGAGAUGACCGUGGACCAAAUCAGAGAGGGAUUUGCAGUACGAGAGAGCAAAGACCACCGCUACCAAUCCCACAUGCCAACAAAAAACGCAUUAUUAUCUGUCUGUGCAGGCCUAGUAAUCAUCGAUACAGACAAGAAGACUCUUCGACUAGUCCACAAUUCCAUCAAGACACAUCUACAGGAACACCGUCUCAUACAGCCGAAUACCGACUUGAUCAUGGCCAAGACUUGCAUACGGUGUAUGUUGCUCAUAGAAUCUAACGAAAAGAAGGAUUCUUCCCUCCUACACUACGCAGUUCGGCACUGGAGUGCACACCUCGCUUCCGCUCGUCAAAGUAUGGACCGGGAUGACGACAAGUUGGUCAUGAAAUUGCUUCGAAAUAGCUACCAGCUAACAAGAGCAUUCAAAACGCUACCUGAGCCAUUGGAUUGCUCUUCCGAUAACAUGACCGGCUUUCAUGCUUCUGUAUACUACAAUCUCCGAGAUUGGCUGCAACCCCUCGUUGAUGCUGGCGAGAACGUCAACGCUCAGAGUGCAGAUGGUCAGACUGCUCUACAUUGGGCUGUUAGACACGGUAGAUGUGAGAUGAUACCGCUGCUCAUAGACAACUCUGCAGACCCAAACAUCACAGACAAUACUGGCAAUUCACCACUCCACCAGGCACUGCUGAACCCAAUAGCCGAAAGCUCCGCGAUCGUUCAGGCUCUGGUGAAUGGGGGUGGGAAACCUAAUAUGAAGGGAGCCAGAGGCCUGACACCCUUAUCUGCGGCCAUCAGAAGCGGACCAACGUCCAUUGCCGAGAUCCUAAUCAAGAGCCAGCCGGACAUUGACGCCGAGACCGUUGAAGAUUGGAACUUGCUGAGAGAAGUGGUUCACCACGGCAGGGAUAUCAUAAACAUGCUGGAGCAGGAUGCGGUGAUGGCCAAUCCGUCUGACACAGACAGGUUAGCUGAACUAAGAGAAACAGCUGAGAGCCACGGCCGACAACUCAUGGACCUUCUUUUGGACAAAGGGGUUGAUUUGAACCGCCCCACAUCCGUACAGAGAUGGACGCCCCUUAUAUACGCAGUGACGAAUGCAGAUAUAUCCAAGAUGCGGCGCUUUCUAGGCAGGCAGCAUAACCCAGCGGACGCAAAUCUGCGCGGCUUUAAGGAAGGGUACUCUCCACUUCGCUGGGCUUUAUACUAUCCAAAUACCGAGGCAGUGGAACUCCUCAUCGAACAUGGGGCAGACAUCAACGAGAUCUAUGAUGACGGAUGGAGCCCGCUGGUCGAAGCCGUCCGGAAGAAGAAGAACGACAUGGUUCGAUUGCUCAUCGAUAAAGGAGCAAACUUGAACACGUCCAACAGCGGAUCAACUCCGUUGAUCGAAGCUGUGAAAGUCGGAAACUCGGAUGCCGUCUGGCUUCUAUUGCAAAGUCAGAUGAAAGUUUUCCUGGAUGAGCGAGAUGAUAGUGGUAUGUCAGCUCUACUUUACGCGCUCCAAAGUGGAAACAAAGGAAUCGUCUGGCUUCUCGUUUCCAAGGGGGCGUCAUUGAACGAUCAGACCAAGAACACUUCAAGCGCCAUAAAUUUCGCUCUCAGACACGGCAAAAUCAACGACAACCGCAAGGCCGACUUCUCCUUGGUUUGGCUUCUGCUCCAAAACGGAGCUGAUAUCAAUGCCGCCGACUCAAGAGGAAUGACUCCACUUCAUCACGUCUCUUCAAGUGGAAGUCUAGAGGCUCUUCAGUUUCUUAUCGAGCAUAACGUACACGUUGACGUCCCAGACGAUAAGGGACAUACACCCCUUGCUCUUGCAGUCUUGAAAGAAAGAGAUCAAGCUGUCCAGUUUCUUGUUCAAUACAGAGCUUCGCUGUUCGUUCGGAAUCAGGAUGGCUUGACACCACUACACCAUGCCGCCGUUCAAGGCUUCAAUUCCGGGCUCAAGAUAUUGCUGCUUCGGUCGGAAGCGCUUGACGUCGUGGACAAUAGAUCCUAUACCGCUUUGCACCAUGCUGUCAACAGCAAGUCAAGCAACGAAGAGACUAUUCACCUCCUUGUAACGGCUGGUGCUGGCCUAGAGAUCGAGGAAAGUCACAAACAGACGCCUUUGAUGCUUGCUGCACAACUAGGCAGAGAGCCUAUUGUGCGACAGUUGCUAAUUGAGGGAGCAGAUGUUUUCAAGAAGAACGAAUAUGGACACAGUGCUAUUAGCUACACCCGCGGAUAUGGGAAAUCUCAUGAUGGAGUUCGGAGCAUCUUGAAAAGAGCAAAUCGUGGCAUGCAGAUCUGA